ACGGCGAGGUGAUGCCCGCGUUGAACAUCUCCGCGAUUGUCAGGAAGACGGUGGACAACGUGCUGCAGGCGACCCUUGGCGGCGGCACGGCACCAACCAACGCCGCCACGAGGCGACGCGGGGCCCCGCGAACCCGGCGGCGGCGCAGCGCCCCUGCAGGGGUGGAGGAGGACCAGAGGCAGGAGGAGGAGGAGGAGGAGGCUAAAGACGAGGAGGAGGCCGAGGAGCUGCCGGAGCCCGCGGGCCUGGCGUGGGUGGACCCGGCGCGACUGGUGAGUCAGGGCGCGCGCGUGCAGGACGUGCCGUCCCUCGCCAACCUGGUGGGGCUGCGGCUCUUCAAGUACCAGUUUCCGCCGCCACGGCCCCCCGCCGCCUCCGCCAGCACGCCGCUCCCCGCCGCCCAUCCCCACGCCCAUGUCAAUGACAUCGCGCCGGCCUUCGGGGACACCUUCCACGACGCCUUCGACAGGUACUACAAGACCUUCAGGAGGAGCGACGUUUACUUCCCCGAGGCGACCAGCGGCGGCAGCGGCGUGGGAGAGCCGUUCCCGCCCCGUCCCGCCCCGCCGUACGCCCCGCCGCGCCCCGCCUUCCCCGGCAGCAGCGCCGCCGAAGCUCUCCUCAACAUGCUCAACCCUCUAAACCUCUUCAGCCACAAUCAGUUCCCACAGCUGCCGCGCUACCCGCACCCCGCACCUCCGCCCUUUCCUCCGCCCACGGCAAGACACCCACACGCCCGCAACAUACCUACGGACAAGGAGGUGCUCGGCGGGGGUAGCGGCGGCGGCGGCAUCCAGUACGAGGUGAUCGUAAACGAGGAGGCGGAGCGUCAGCGCGGCUACCAGUACAAGGAGGACUACCCGCUGCGGGAAGACCUGUACGUGGGCCAGGACGGGAACAUCUACCUCAAGGACGGCGCGGCGCUCACCACCACCCUACCGCCCGCACCCACCACCCCGCGACACCGGCCCCCCGUCCACCACCACCACGACCCCCACCACAACGACCCCCACCACAACGACCCCCACCACAACGACCCCUUCCUGAGAGAGUAUUCCGAGCUGCUGCAGAACCACAACCUCGGCAACCACAAAUAUCUGGAUGACUAUAUCGACCCCGACGCUGACGACGACGACUACGCGGAAUACGGUGACGACCCCACCACCUACACCCACUACACCCACAACGACCACCACUACAUCACACCCAGACCCUCCCUCAACCCCACACACACCCACACCCAAACCUACACCUACACAGAUGCACCCUAUGACAACUGGUCCCCCCCGAGCUACAGGCAACAGCGGGGACCAUACUCACACUACCCCCCACAUUCCCCUUACACCCCCCAGCCCCCUCGUGCCCCCCGUGGCCCCCCGUCGCCUUGGUCACUAGAUUCGGGCUUCUGGGGAUGGUUACUCGGCCCUCUCAGUCGCCCAGCCUACCCGACACAUUUCUACAGCCCAAGGGAGGUACACAUGCCCAGGGUACGGUACAAUAUUGACAUGCCCAGACAGUACACUUCCCGCACGACCGUACCAACCAUAUCAGCGCCACACCCACAACACAUACCCCGGACACAUCCCCCACGUAUCCAGCCCACUCGCCCGCACUACCAGCCAGUCUCAAGCCCCUCCACCGCCCCCUCGGCCUCUGUAUCUACCCCCGCCCCACCCCAGCCUAAAUCCCCCUCACCACCGGGUUCUGAGGGCAGGAAUGAAGGGUUCUAUCCAGGCAAUGGGUUCUUUGACUCCGAUUUCUCGACGGUGUUCCGUAUGGCCGGGUCUCAGCCUGUUAUAAAGGUGAAGACGCCCCCGCAGUCACAGCCCAUAGCCAAGACCACGCCCACACCCACGCCCACACCCACACCCACACCCGCUAAAACCCCCUGAACACACACACACACACACACACACGUAUCCAAAGAGUCUAGAGAUACUUCAUUUGUAUAUUUUAUGUAUUUAUCUAUUUAUUUAUUUAGAUAUGGGUUUAUUUACUUAGAUAUUUAUUGACUGAGGAAGUAUAUUAAGCAUGUAUGCGUGGCAGGAAGUAGAAUGUGAUAUGUAGAUUUGCUUUAUUUAUUUCCUUAUUGUUGUUGUUGUUGUUGUUGUUGUUGUUACACGAUUUUGUUCAGAAGUAGUUUGUAGGUAAAGGUUGUCGUAUAUUAAAGUUCUUGUUUGUAGUUCUAUCAGCACGUUACUGUUGAUGUUAUUGUUUGUUUCACAUGUAAAUAGUAUGUUCAGUCCCCUAUGUCUACUCCCCUGACUAACUCAAGGCGUUUAUUUUAUUUUAUUAUUAUUAUUAUUUUUUUUUUUUUAGCACUUGUCCCCCACCAUUGUAUCUUUUUAGUUUCCUGGUGCUAUCUACACAUGUAUCCUUAGUUGUAUAAUCACACUCUGUACUGCCUGGGGGUUGGGAUGGCUUGUUCCUCCCUUCUCCUUUGUUGUUUACUUGCAACAAUAAACUAUCAAUCAAUCAAUCAAUAGUUAUGGAGUAGUAUAAUCACCGUCCCUGUUGUUAUUGCUGUUGUUGUUGUCGAGUGGUGGGAAAGCUUUUAAUAUGCAAACAUUGUUAUCGAUUUUAUUAUUAUUAUUGUCAUUAUUCACACGCGAGGUAAUCAAAAUAAACUUGUUGAUUAAUA